AGCUCUUUCCUCGCCGAGUUUUCUGGGAACGUAAAAGGAGAAGGCCCGGGGACGCCCCAAACCCCUUUUGCUCCUGCCCAUUGCAAGUGCCACUACCGCCAUGGGCCUCACCAUCUCCUCCCUCUUCUCCCACCUCUUCGGCAAGAAGCAGAUGCACAUUUUGAUGGUUGGGUUGGAUGCUGCUGGCAAGACGACCAUUCUGUAUAAACUGAAGUUAGGGGAGAUAGUCACCACCAUUCCUACCAUUGGUUUUAAUGUGGAAACAGUAGAAUAUAAGAACAUUUGUUUCACAGUAUGGGAUGUUGGUGGUCAAGAUAAAAUUAGGCCUCUCUGGAGGCAUUACUUUCAAAAUACCCAGGGUCUUAUUUUUGUGGUAGAUAGCAAUGAUCGUGAAAGAAUUCAGGAAGGAGCAGAAGAGCUGCAGAAAAUGCUUCAGGAAGAUGAGUUGCGAGAUGCAGUGUUGCUGCUUUUUGCAAACAAACAGGACUUGCUGAAUGCUAUGGCAAUUAGCGAAAUGACAGAUAAAUUAGGUCUUCAGUCCCUUCGUAACAGAACAUGGUAUGUUCAAGCCACUUGUGCUACACAAGGAACCGGUCUGUAUGAGGGACUUGACUGGCUGUCAAAUGAGCUUUCAAAACAUUAAAUGAAGCUGGAUAUCUAACCAAGGACAUGUUUGAUAGAAUUGGUCUAGGCUUGUUACAACAAUAUUAGUUUGCAUCUUGGUUAUUAAACAGUAUCUGGGACUGGUUUGGGCAGAAUAUUACUGCGUUUAAACUUAUUUUGUUGCCAAUUAUUGUUUACCAAGUAUAAUGUUGCCAUUUAGCAAUAUGCUUGGUUUUAAAGAGAGUCUCCUUAACUUGGGAAAAAAAAAGUGUCCUCUUUUAAUUUUACUUUCCUUAAGCCUAAAUGCCUGGACUUAGCUAAUGUGACACCUUUUAAAUAAAUCCAUUUUGAAUGUUUUUUUUUUUUUUUUUUUGAGCCCACAACGAAUAAUGUUUUAAAGUUACCCCUUGCUACUUUAAAUGAUACCUUUAUCAUUCCUGGGACAGUCUGCUGAUUUAAAAAAAAUGUAGCAUUCCAUUUGUAUUUAUUUUCCCCCCUUGCCAAAAAGAUUUUUUAAUACUGCUUGUACCAGCCAGGUAAAUGCUCCAAAACACUAUUCAGAUCUUGCACUGAGGAACUUCUAUUUCUCCCCCCAUUGUUAUUGACUCCUGGCUUCCAUC